AUCUUUGGCAUUUCAAGCAAUCUUUCCCUUUGUCUUUCCCUGUGUUAGGGAAAAGAUGACACUGAAGAUGAAGCUUGCCGUGUUUGCAUCUCUGCUGGUGUUGUUACCGUUCAAGGCCGAGGCUGGUUCAUGUGUCGGUAAAACGGUAAAAGUGUGGGUGAUUAAAGGCCGCCAUCUUACAGGUGACGGAUUUUCACACCCAGAUCCCUACGUUAAGGUGACAAUCGGCGAAGAAACCAGGCAGACCAGAAUUAUUUAUUCCGAUUCAAACCCAGUUUGGUACCAGAAGUUCCGCUUUUACGAUACCACAAGCGAUAUCAUGAGAAUCGACAUCCGGAGGGCUGAUGGAGGUGGAUAUAAUCACCACUUGGGAACCUGCAUAGAGAGAUUGGAGUCAGGAGGAGGUUAUUGGCAGAAAGUAAAGUGCAGGGCAACGGACUCAGGAUACGUCAAGCUCUAUUACAGAUGUUACUGAGUGUAAUUGUGUAAAGUGAUUUCUUAAAGUUAGAAGAAAAUUAGAGGUGAAGAAAAAGGACACUUUCUCUAUGAAAUGUUUGGAGGUAGAGCAAAAUAAUUUUUGGAAUUUCAGAUGACUUUUCCUGAAACAUAUUUUGGUUUCUUUGAUUUUCUUUCAAACUUUAUCUUUGCUGCUCCAGAAAUACAGCAUGUGUGUAAUCACUGCUGUGUACAAAAUAGCUUUCAUGCAACUGCUCUGUUGGCUUUAUAAAAACUAUCGCUGCUCAGUUUUCUCCACCAUGAUAAGUUUGCUCUGACAAAAAUCCUGUUCUAAAUGAGAAAGUGAUGAAUAAAAGUCUAAUGAAGCAAA